AUGGUGCAAAGGACUGUCCUCAAGGUUGAUAUUUCAUGCCAAAAAUGCAAGAAGAAGAUACUGAGGGCAGUUUCAGGUCUACAAGGUGUAGAUAAAAUCGAGUUGGAUGCAGCUAAGGGAACUUUAACGGUCACCGGAGAUGCAGAUCCAGUUCGAGUCAUUAGUCGUGCAAGGAAAACAGGCAAAUCUGCUGAAGUCAUAAGCAUUGGUCCACCACCUGCUCCUCCAAAACAGGAUGCAGGUGGUGGUCAAAAGAAACAAGAAGAGAAGAAAGUCGACGACAAGAAGCCCGAACAAAAGGCCCAAGUUUAUGUACCCCAAACAUGCCCCGUUUGCGAGCAAAUGGGUGUAGAUAAAAUCGAGUUGGAUGCAGCUAAGGGAACUUUAACGGUCACUGGAGAUGCAGAUCCAGUUCAAGUCAUUAGUCGUGCAAGGAAAACCGGCAAAUCUGCUGAAGUCAUAAGCAUUGGUCCACCACCUGCUCCCCCAAAACAGGAUGCAGGUGGUGGUCAAAAGAAACAAGAAGAGAAGAAAGUCGACGACAAGAAGCCCGAACAAAAGGCCCAAAUUUAUGUACCCCAAACAUGCCCCGUUUGCAAGCAAAUGGGUGUCCACAUUCGACCUUAUGACACCCAUAUCCAAUGCUCCAUAUUAUGA